UGAACGGCUUCACUCCACAGCCGGCGUAUGUCCAUCUUUUCUACAACUCACACCAACGCACGCCUCCUCCGGCUCCACUGACAGUACGAGCGAGAUUUUUCCGCCCCGAUCCAGAACUGGAUUAACGUUUCUUUCUUGCUGGAAUACUUGCACUUUUAGCGCAUUUUGGGUCCUACCCCCCCGCUUCUCAGACCCACACCGGGUGUCAACCUUUUCACGCUUACGUUCGGCGACGUUUAGGGCAGCCAUGCCGCUGAACUCUUCCUCAGGGGCUACCGCGACGAGUAAAAACUAUGACUACGACUACGACUCCCUACAGCCCUACUUCUAUUACGACAACGAGGAGGAGGACUUCUAUCACCACAACCAGCAGCCCCAGCCGCCGGCCCCCAGCGAGGACAUCUGGAAGAAGUUCGAGCUGCUGCCCACCCCGCCCCUCUCCCCAAGCCGCAGACCCUCUCUCUCCAGCCUCUUCCCCUCCACGGCCGACCAGCUGGAGAUGGUCACAGAGUUUCUGGGGGACGACGCGGUAAACCAGAGCAUUAUCUGCGACUCUGACUACUCCCAGACCUUUCUCAAGUCCAUCAUCAUCCAGGACUGCAUGUGGAGCGGCUUCUCUGCCGUGGCCAAGCUCGAGAAAGUAGUAUCUGACCGUCUGGCGUCGCUUCACGCGGCGCGCAGGGACUCUGCCUCUUCCACGGGGGGGAGUAGCCCCGCGUCAGAGUGUCCGUCGGCGAGACUCAACACAAACUACCUGCAAGACCUCAACACGUCCGCGGAAGAGUGCAUCGACCCCUCCGUGGUCUUCCCCUACCCCAUUGCCGAGACUCCCAAGCCCAGUGUGGCGGUGCUACCGCAGACCCCCCACACCACAACCACCUCCAUCCACACCAGCUGCACCUCCUCCCCACGGGACCUGUCACUGGAUACCCCCCCCAACAGUAGCGGCAGUAGCAGCAGCUGCAGCGACUCAGAAGAUGAGGGUGACGAUGAGGAUGACGACGAGGAAGAGGAGGAAGACGAGGAUGACGAUGAGGACGAGGAGGAGAUCGACGUGGUGACGGUGGAGAAGCGGCAGCACCUUAAACGCGGCGACUCAUCCCCCUCGGACACGCGGCAUCCCAGCCCGCUGGUGCUGAAGCGCUGCCACGUCUCCACCCACCAACACAACUACGCCGCUCACCCCUCCACCCGCCACGACCCCCCCGCGCCCGCCGCCACCGCCGCCGUCAAACGCCUCAAGCUGGACAGCGGCAGCUCGCCGCCCUCACACCACCACCACCAUCACCACAGCCACGGGCACGGGCACGGCCGCGUGCUCAAGCAGAUCAGCGGCAACAGGAAGUGCGCCAGCCCGCGCACCUCGGACACGGAGGACUGCGACAAGCGGAGGACACACAACGUGCUGGAGCGCCAGCGCCGCAACGAGCUCAAGCUGAGCUUCUUCGCGCUGCGCGACGAGAUCCCCGAGGUGGCCAACAACGAGAAGGCGGCCAAGGUGGUGAUCCUGAAGAAAGCCACGGAGUGCAUCUACGGCAUGCAGACGGACGAGGAGCGGCUGCUGUCCGUCAAGGAGCAGCUCCAGAGGAGGAGCGAGGCGCUCCGACAGCGGCUCUGCCUCCUGCAGAGCCCCCGGCCCUGAGGGCCACAUGGGGGUCUUAAGACUUGGCGCUGGUGGUGUUUUUUUUAAGUUAGUUUUUUUUAUGCAAGUCGGUUCGGUUGAGUGUGUACAGGUUAUAAUGUUGCAUGCGAAUGCAAGACGGGGAUUCUAAAGUUGUGGAGAUCUUGGUGGAUUUCAACGUUUUCAAUACUGCCUCAGACGUUAUGGUUGGAUUACAAUAUUUAAAGUUUAUUUUUAUUAAUAAAAUAUAAAAAGAAAAAAAUUGGUGCUGCACAGUUGAGCGCCCAACAUAAAGUAAGCCUUUUUUUUAUGUUUCUUUUGUUUUUCAUUUUUUUGUAAAUAAAAUUUCCUAUAAAAGGUAUUUUUGGAUCAAUUUGACUGGAAGUUCUCACCCAGUGGUUUUCAGUGUUCGCUUUUCCAUUUUGUUCCUCAAUUCAAAUAUAAAAGAAAAAUGGUUCCUGAAACUGUCUCUUGCUUUUCUUUGGUCAGACACUCAUCAAAUGUUAGCCUCUAGUAUGACGUCAGAUCACCUUACAUCAAUGAGUGCCACUACUAGGAAACACUGUUCUGUGUUUAUGUUUACAUUUCUCCUGCCUUGUACACGAGCGUGAUACGCAAGGGUCAAGGGUUCAUCGAAGAGCCAACAAUACUUGAACUCGGACACGCCACAUCCAGUCCUGUGCCCCAGGUGUAGUUAUGCUUAAUGGUGAUCAAUGAAAUGUCCUGCCAAAGGUUAGCAGUUAAAGGGACUCUAGGCUGAUGUGUAAUUAUAGUAGGAAGUGAGUGGAGACGGGCGACGCCCCUCUAGCUCUACAGGAUAGGGACGGGGCUUCAAGACAUCAAUUAAAAUCCUAGUAUCGUUAUAUGGUUAAAGAAGGAACUCAAACUA